ACCACUUGACCCAGAAUGUUGAAACUUCAAAGGAUGAUUGGUCAUGCAGAGUAGAUGACCCCUAUUUAUUUUGGGGUCACUCUAAUAAAUGUUAAGGUCACAGGGGCCUGAACAUGGAAAACCAUUUUCGAUCAAUAACUUGAGAACCACUUGACCCAGAAUGUUGAAACUUCAUAGGAUGAUUGAACAUGCAGAGUAGAUGACCCCUAUUGUUUUUGGGGUUACUCUAUAAAAGGUCAAGGUCGCAGUGAACAAAACAUGGAAAUCCAUUUCCAGUCAAUAACUUGAGAACCAUUUGACCUAGAACCUUCAAAUUUCAUAGGGUGAUAGGAGUUACAGAGUAGAUGACCCCUAUUGGUUUGGGGGUCACACCAUCAAGAUUCAAGGUCACAGGGAGCUGAACAUAGAAAACUCUUUUCAAUCAAUAACUUGAGAACCACUUAAGUCAGAAUGUUGAAACUAUAUAGGAUGAUUGAACAUGCAGAGUGGAUGACCCCUACUGAUUUUGGGGUCACUCGAUCAAAGGCUAAAGUUACAGGGGCCUGAACAUGGAAAACAGUUUCCAAUUCAUAACUUGAGAACCACUAAGCCCAGAAUGUUGAAACUUCGUGGAAUGAUUGGACAUGCCAAGUAGAUGAAUCCUAUUGCAGCCAACCAUCAGUGUCGCUUUGACUUUUGCUCCUGUCCCCUAUGGACUUCCUGCCUAUAUGACUAUGUAUUGGGGGAGACAUGCGCUUUUCUACAAAGGCAUCUUCUAGUUAACUAUUAGACAUUUCAUAAGGCAUGGCAGAUUUAAGAAAAAAAUUCUGACAUCUAGCUGCCUGUUGCUAAACUUUGCUUUUUUACACUUCAACCUGGUUUCCAAAAAGAGAUGAAAAUGAAGAACUCUACAGAUAUAUAUCACUAUAUGCAUAAAUUAUCACAAAACAUUGACUAUAAAAACAUACAAAAAGUUAUUAAGUAAGUAAUUUUCCUCACUUUUUAUGGAAAAAUAAACUUCAAAAGAAACUAAAUACAGCUAUUUUAGUAAAAAAAAAAAAAAAAAAAAAAAAAAUCAAUAGGUUAAGAGGAAUUUGCUUAUGCAAAUAUUUAGAGAAUAUAUUUCAUGUAAAAAGUUUGUAUUUGUUUUAUAAAUGAUUAUGUUAGGUGCAAUUUCUUCACAGUGUGUGUGAAGAAGAAUUAUGCACCAAUAUUGUAAGGGUAAGAAUUUAAAUGAUCUUUUUUAUGCCCCUCUGGGCAUAAUAGUGUUGCUGUUGUCUGUAGGUACAUACGUCUGUACGUCCGUCUGUACAUCCCGAAACCUUGUGUGUCCAACUCUUCCCACAUUAUUAGUCGGAUUUGUGAUCAGUAGUUAUCCUAGUUGUGCAUGGUGCAUGUUAGGUUCUUUCAAAAAAAAAUUCUGCUCAGUUAUGGGACUUUGCUUUUUGUUAAUUAUCCUAUAUAUGCACACAGUCUGCAUACGCAAUCUUGUGCGCGCUUAAUCUCCCGAACCCAUGCACACAAUUUAAUGAAACUUCACACAUGUGAUCAGUACCAACCCUAGUUGUGUGUGGUCUUUAAUGUGAGAAGUUCUUCUUAUAGAGUUGAUUUAUGAAACAAAACGGAUGUAAAUACAAACAACUUUUUGAGAAACCAAAAAGGACAUAUUGCAGUAAAACUUAAGAGCUUGUAUUUGUAAACCACACAAUAUAACUUAAUUUGAAAAUGCAGUGUGUACACAAAGUUUUGUUUAGCACUAUAGUUUCUUGAGUACUUUAUUUAUGUUCUUAGGCAUUAUGAAGCUUCUUGUUCAGAUAAAAUGGGACAAUUUUAUUGGUUAGACUCCUCCCCCUUGAUCAAAUAAAUUACUAAAUGCCUUAUGAUUAUAAUAAAAAAAAAAUAACGAGGAAUAUUUAUAGCAAAGAUUGUACACAAAUGCUUGGUUGUUCAAAUGUCAAUCAAAAUUUUGAAAUAUUUUGGCAUACUAUUGGAAAGGGCAAGUUUUGACUUUUAUAUAGUAUUUGAAAGCUCAUGAUCGUUGGAAAAUAUAUAGGAAAAAAUAAGGUGAAAUGUGGUGCUGUAUAUGUCACAGAUGAGGACAAGACUAAAGCUGUAACAAAAAAUGUGAUAUCAUUGUCAUCCGCAUCUGAAGAAAAGAAGAAACAGAAAUCAUCAAAAUACACUGUCGCCAUUGGUUCAAGUUUUGGUCAUGUUCAUUCAUUCUUGAAGGACUCUGACAAUGUUUUGAAAUCAUACGAGAAAACAAAAGUAGAAGACAAAUGUUUGUUACUGAUAAGAAAACCAAAAUCGGCAUCAAAACAGAAUUUUUUCUCAUUAAAGAUGUUAAAGGCACAUUCGUGGGCAGAUGUCAGUGUGAAGGACAUGCAUCUACGACAACCUGAUGGUUCACUGAAACAAGAUCCUUAUAAAGCAUUCAAAGAACGGUUUAAGAAGAAAUCAGACCUUAGUCUACCUCCAGAUGAGUUGAACAGCCUAGCCAAUCAGAACACUCCUUUCAAAGGACCAACAGGCAAUCAGAGCUCAUCCUUACAGUCACAAUCAUCAGCAGACAAUGGAAAAGAAGAGAGUAAAAGUGAUAUAAUACCUCCACAUAAACUUACUGAAGUUGUCCCAAAUAUAUCAAACUCUUAUCCUUAUAUAAAGAAGGGAAGCAGACAUAUCUCUCAAAGUCUUGCUGAUUUGACAGACGCUGGUAGAGAAAUAAACAAUAAUAAAAAUAUGGGUGGAGCUUUAGGUCAAGGUCAUGCAAGACCUAAAGGACCACCUCCUGCCAUUCCUCCAAGAACUAAUGCAAGUUCUGUAGAGAAAUACAGUAAAAAUGAUAGAAAUGCUUCUAAUAUUGAAAAUACAGGCUUUAUACACAACAAAAAUACAAGUAAUGAAAGAACUGAAAAUAGACCAGAUAUUAUAUCUAAUGUGAAUGUAAGAAAAAGUCCUGGAGGUAAUGUAAGAGAUGGCAGGCAUGAUGACAGUAUGCCAGUAAGAGUGAAACAUGAUUCUGGAUUCCAUAGUGAGGCUCCAUUAUCUAGUGAUGAAAUGUAUGAUUCUGGAUUUAAACAGGAUUUAAGUAAAAGUGUACGGAAUGGAAGCCUUAUGACCAGUUCUCCAAAGUCAUCUAAAAAGCAGCCACAAACUUCCAGAAAUAUGCCGAGACAUAAUUCAGAUCCAAGGCAGCCAAAUGCUACUGGGCAUCAGUAUAAUACAAGAGAACCUAGUCCAGGGAAUAACAGAAAUCGCCGACAGAGUCCUGGAAAUAGGGCUUACAGUGGACAAGGAAAUGUGAAUGGUCAAGAAAGACCUAAAACACAAAUGGAAUCUGUUAAUGUGAGACCAGUGCAAAGAAAUCCGAGUGCAGGGUCAGAGAAUAGAAACAAGCACAAUGAGCAGAUUAAGGGUAGAAAUAUGCCAGUUGGUCAGACCUAUCCUGAUACAAAUCAAAUGAAUAGACUUCAUGAACAGAAGCAAUCAAAUUCUGUUACGAGAACCCCACCAAAUCACCAUCAGACUGGUACUAGACACAAUGAAAGUAGAUCAAAAUCUUCAGAAAAAAUAGUGCAGAGACGAUCAAAUGAAUUUAGGGAAAGAAAGUCAUUAGGUGAUGUGAGAGAGGGUCAGAUUUUGACUAUUGAUAACAAAGAAUCUGUGAUAAAGGCUCAUUCGUUAGGGGACUUAAGUACUGGAUGUGCAUUCUCACUGGUUGGCCAGAAGAAACCAGAUUUACCUGGAAAUGUACAUGAGCCAGAAUUUACUGGGACCCAGCUUAUGAAGCAUAUUAGAAAUUACAAAGAAAUGACACAAAAUGGAAGUAGUGGAAGUUUACCAUUUAGAGGUAAAGCUUUAGAUGAUAUGGACAAUUAUAGGCAGUAUUACGGUCAAGUGCAACAAUCUGCAAAGGGUGAUAAUUCUGACUAUAACAAACUAAAGCAUUAUGGGUCCUUGCAGCAUCUGCCUAUGUCUGCUGAAACUAGCAAACAGCAGAAUGGUUAUCAUCAGCCCGUGCCAGUAAGACAUCGAGAGAAAACACCUCUAAAGCCACGCCGUUGUUUGCCACAACCUCCAGGAGACGUCCAUAUGAAGAAGAGACAAAUGACGGACAUAAUGAUUAACAGAAUGAGUGUAGACAGCAAUAGCACAAGCCCUAGUUCUAGUAAUUCUAACCGGGAAGGUUCCACUGAACCUAGAUUAGGUGGAGUCAGUGCCACACCCUCGGUAUCUGACCGUGAAGUUUUUGACCUCCUUCAUGGUAACAGAAAUGAUUCAGCAUGGACUGUGCAAGGUGUUAGAAAUGUGUGCAAUAAUAAAAAACAGACUCCCACAUCACAAGUACCUCCAAGUUACAGUGACAGUGUAAAUAAUGCUCUACGCAAGUCAGGGUCAUUCGGGUCACAUGAACAUGGCAGUGUGCCGCCCUCUGGUGGCCGACUUAGUGAAUCAGGGCAGACAACAUUGACUUCUCAAAGUACAAUUGAUUCAGGAUAUAUUACAAAUGACCCUGACCCUGAAACAUUAUCUACCUCAUCCUAUGCCAAAACGUUGAAACAGUCUGCUCAUAAUAUGUACACAGCACACAAACUUUAUAAAUCAGCUAAGGGAGAACACUCUCAGAAACAAACGACAAAUGCAAAAGAUCACUCAAAUAAUUCCAAUAUUAACCAGUAUAAUCCAAAGUAUGCCAAAGAUUCUCAUACCAGAACAUGGCUAGAAAAUCACCAAGGAACUUACAUGAGUGAUCAUUUGAAACUUAAUAUGAAAACGGGUGCAAACAGUGAAAGAGUGCGUGGAAAUGACAUGGAGAAAACAGAUAAAAACAAUAACAGACAUCCUAAGAUUCCUGAAAGUAAUGUUACUGAGUUAGACCUGACACAGAAUCCACCAAGCAAACCAGAGAGAACUUUCCAGUAUGUGAAACAACCUUUGGCUCAUCAUAAGUCUGAACUGUCAUCGAAGGACAUUGAAAAAAUGAGCCAAGAUCAGGGCCAGUUUACAUGUAGAUCUAAGGGCAAAUCAAUUUCCAUGGCACAAGGAUUGAACCUCAUAGCCACUAACUCUGCACCUGCAAGUGGAGGCUUCUUAUCAAAGUCUCAGCCAAAGUUUACAGGUUCACUGAAAGACUUGAUAGGAACAGAUAAACAAAUAGUGCCAAUAGAAACACUUAAACUUGAAAGUGCACAUUCUACAAAUACAUUACCAGGAAGCUGGAAAUUCCAGGCCCAAACUCGGCCAGAAUGUAGUUUGAAAUUUUUCGGAAAACCAAGUUUGUUUCAGUUACUUCAAAACUAUAAUCUGUAUGCAAUACGGGUUCGAAUUCCAGAAAACUUUGUUAUUAUGGAAAAUGUUAGACUUAUCGAGUGUGAAGUGGUUUUACCAGCACCUUGGAUGUUUGGAAAAGACACUUCCUCGCCUCUCAGUCCUAAAGGAAGUUAUGCAAAACUAGGAGGACCGAAUAGUGCGUUCCGGCCAGUAUCUGUUGCUAGUGUUUCACCUAUCAAAUCUGUUUCCAUGAUCACCAUCAUGGAAUUGUCCAGUCAGAUGACAGAGCUCAUUGAAUCAGGACAGCUUCAAAAAGGGGAUCUUAUUAUUGAGGUUAAUGAAAGACUUGUGAUUGGAGAUGACUUGCCAACAUUGACAACUGUGUUCCAAGCUUGCCAAGGCGAGAUGUUGUUGACUAUUGCCCGAGACAGAGCAAGAGAUAAUCAGCCAGAUAGAAAUAUGCAUUCUACAUCCCCCACUGAUGAAGAUUUCCGACGGAUGGAACAGAAAAUCAAUGAACUUACCACAGAACUUCGUAAAAAAGACCGGACUUUAAAACAGUUGAGUGCAUUGUUGCCAUGGCCAUUGCCUUCAUCAAAGGUGAAGAACUCUGAUGGAAAAGAUGAAGAAGCUUACGUGUGUUCUCUAAGUGAAGAUGAAUUCAUUGUGUGAUAUUGGAUAAUAAAUGUCUAGCUUGUAAACAUGGUUUGCAUUGAGAAUAAUGACGAAAAACAACACUAAAUGAGUGGCCGACUCUAAAAAAUGUUUGUUUAAAUGCACGGAUCUUGUAUUAUUCUCAAUACACAGAGUAAACUAACAGUUCCUCCUAAGUGUCUUUAUUUACUUUUAGGGUCACCCAAGUUAACUGCUUUAGAAUCAUUCAUCUAUGAAUCAUCAUCAUUCAUCAUUCAUUUUUCUUUUACAAGUAUAACGAAAUGACUGCAUAUCUUUUACAAAAUUAGUGACAGGCAAUGUAAUUUUUAAUCUCUAUGUGUAUAAAAAGAUUUUAAAGAAUAAUCAUGUUGACGAAAGCGCCAGAGUUAACUGAAUAUGUGCGUAGUCCUCGAGAAAGCAAAGACCCAAGCUCGCAUAUCUUCAUAUUUAUAGCAAUAUUUUUGAACCGUGCCACACAGAAUGUAAUGAAAUUGUCUCCCUAAUUCAAUUGUCUUGGACCAGAUGUUAUUUCUUUACUUCAUAACUGAUAUUACGCGUAACUUGCAGAUUAAUGAAAAUCUGUUUCAUGCAAGUGUUUUGUCAUCAAUACUGAAAAGUGAUUGUUACAUGUCUGUAUCGAACAUACACAUGCAUUGCUUUCAGUUGAGAUCUUGAAAUUUCAUGAGAAUGCCUGAUAAAAAAUAUGGUCUUAGUGCUUAAUAUUUUUAACUAAUAAGAAGAAAAACUUGCAGUCAAGCAUUUGGUUACUGUAGAAAGUGGUAAAGAAUAUAUAAGUAUGUAUAAUGUAUAUUUUUAAUUAAAGUAUUUAUAUUUUAAACGGUUUUCAUAGGGCUGUGCCUUUUGACUUUGUAUUUCCAUUUGAGAUUUAUGAUAUAAAAAUAAACUAGAUAUGAACAA